CUCAUGCCUUCAAAAUUCCCAUAGUAUUGGCUUUGCAAUCUCCUGUUGCUUUUCAUCUUCAUCGUCACCAUGAGGUCCAGGAGUCCCAGCCCCAGAGCAGUUGGGCAACCGAACCAGGUACAAGAACCAUACAGUCGUGCAAGAAAGAACCCAUUUUUCGAUGGUCUGUUGAGAGCGGAAGAUGGGACGCCUAGUCCUCCAUUUGAUCUCCAAGCAAGCCUUGGCAGCCGGAACAUUUCUCGCACCAUGUCAGAUAUUGGUAACACUCACACAAGAAAUGCACAUAAUUCAUUGACAGAUAUUGGUAACAACCCAUUUCUUCAGCCCUUUGAACGGUCAAAAAUUGACAAAACAGCUUCAUUUGCAUUCACGGAUGUUCAGUCACUUUUUAGCUUUGACCCAAAUGAGCCUAUUGAAGCAAAUGAGAAGCCCCCUACUGUAAAUGGCCUAACAAGUGCAAAAUCAUUUAGGGUGAAUAGAAGGAAAGAAAACCUGUCUACAGUUUCACUUCCUCAGUCUGCAGCAUCAUUCUAUAAUGGGGACUCACCAGAAUUUGAAAUUGUUGCAUCAUGUCCAAGCAUUAACCAGCUUAAUUCAUUUCUCAAAGCCACAAAGGAUGAAGUUAAUGCUGGUGUCCCAGGAAGAUUCUUACAUGUUGUAAUGGCUCAAGAUGUCCCUGAUGUUGGAUCUAUUGCUUCAACAAUCACUUAUGCCUUUUACCUGAAUGAAGCACGUAAAUGUGACCAGAUUUGCACGGUGCCUGUCAUCAACAUGAAGAGGUUGGACAUACGUUCCCAAGCUGAACUCAAAUGGUUACUAGAUUCUUGUCAAAUUGAUCAGUCGUCCUUAAUUUUUGUAGAUGAGAUUGAUCUGUCCUAUUAUGAUCUAUUUGGGAGUCUUAAAGUAGUUCUAUUAAAUGGGAACAAGCUCCCAGCCAAGCAAGAGGCAUUGAAACAGGCAGUAGUUGAAAUUUUCAAUUGCAAAGAGGGCGAAUCUGUAUAUCCCUGGGUUAAGACCGUUACUAUAGCAGAGAAACAGGAUAGCUCAUGCUGUACACUUGUUGCUGAAAAGUUUGCACUGAUUUCACCUGAGAUUUUGGCUGGACAAGGAUUCAGUAGACUUUUGUUAGCUGCCAUCCUCUUAGAUUCCGCGAACUUGUGUAGUCCUCAGUGUUCGCUCAAAGAUAAGUACAUGGCUACACUGUUAAUCCAUGGUGCUGGUCGCUUUGGAUGCAAUGGUCUUUACCAGUUACUGAGAUACAAAAUGUAUGAUGUGUCUGAUCUCAAGGUAGCUGAUAUAUUGCGCAGGGAUUUCAAAAAGUGGACAAGAGUGGGUAAGCCAGACAGUGCUGGUUCUAGAAUGAUGGCAUCACAAAUCGGGAUGAGUUCUAUUGGAGUGCCAAUUGCCCAACUUCUUGAUCAUGAGGACACCUCAGUGCAUGAAAUUAAAUAUUUCCAACAUAUGGAGAAAAUUCGGCUUCUCAUGAUUGUUUCUGGUUAUUAUGAUUCGAAGAAGAACUUCAAGAGAGAGAUCCUGGUGUCUGCUGAAUCUGUGGAGCUCAUGAAGAAUCUGCUGUUUUUCUUCAAUGCGAGUGCUUCCCAACUGCCUCUCAAAGCGAUCCAUCAGCCAGGUCUCGGAGAGGAGAUGCAAGCAUUUGAGAUUGACAAGGUCACAUCCAGAAAGACCAUUGAGCGUCUCUUAGAAGAAUUUGGUGGGACUUCAAAAGGCUAAUAUGAAUUCCAGACCUCGACAAUUGUCCAGAGACAGUUGUUAUUGAUUAUGUAGGUAAAUCACAAAUGUUGAAGGAAAGAUUUCUGUAAGAUAUAACUUAAUCUUGGCUGCUCAAAUUGAAAGGUAUCUUUGAGGCAAUGGUCAAAUGAAUAUUGGAUAUUCAAAUUGAAUUGUAAACUAUCUCAGUUUGCCAAAAAUGAUAUGCAGUGCGUGUAUAGAAAGUUUUAAUA